ACAAUAAUUAUAGCUAUAAUAAUAUAUUGUUUAACGUAUGGAAUCAAAAAUUUUAAGGUUAAGUUAAUAACAACAACAACAAUAACGACAACAUGCAUCCGAGCUAUCAGAGUGCACAGCAGUCAGAUCAAAUGCAGCAACUGCGGGAACUGCAGCGACAACAGCAACAGCAAGAACAACGACGGAUGCAGCAAUAUAUGCAACAACAGCAGCAACAACAGCAAGAGCCACAAAUUGUUUUCUCGCGUGGGGGCCGACCGCUUGGCGAACAGGACCAGAAUCGGAUUGUGGUAGUCAUUCCCGAAGAAGUGUUCCAUACAUUUGUACGCAAAGUUUACUUGAUUUCCACUGUCUUCGUUCUGAUCACGUGCGCCGCCUGGUUGACCAUUUCGAUUCUGGAUUUCGACUUCAUCGAGGAGACGAAGGUGCCUAUUUAUGUGUGGUUUAUAUUGACGUUCGUAACGUUCAUUAUAUUCCACUGGUGCCCGAGAGUGCGCUAUAUCUUUCCCCUAAACUGGAUCUUAGUUGUGUGCAUCGUAGCAUUUUUAACUCUAGGCGGCUGCUGUUUUAUGCGCCUAUACAACCCACUUAUACUUGUUUGUGGAAUGGUAAUUACACUGACUGUCAUCGUGAUAUUGCACGUCUGUGGCGCCAUGUGCCCGCUGGUAAUUCUGCCGGGUGGUCUACUAACUGGAUGUCUAAUGAUCCUAAUUAUGAUAGUGCUCCUGGUGUUCGCGUUUCUCAUGUUUUUCCUUAGGGACCCAGUCUACGGCUUCGUUUUCUUUGUCCUGCUAUUCUGCUUACUGGUCUUAGUAAUACCCUUUCAUGCACAGUAUAUACACGGUCGCCUACAAAUUGUGCCACUGUUUGAUUUGCCGUCUUGCGCCGUCAGCGUUUUCAUUGACUUUGUGACGGUCUUCAUCUGCAUAUCAUAUUUUUACUACUACCACUUAUAUUUAAAAACAGGUGAUAGGUACCUGCAAUAAGGAAGGUAAAUUAAAUUUAUCCGAAUAAAUAAAACACAAGACCGAAAAAUUUCAGUCAGCAUUAA